GUUGUCUGCCCGCAGGAUGCUGGCGCGAGGCCGGCGGCUCCUGCGCUGUUGGAAGCCGCUCUUCACCGGCCGCCUGCUGCUGCUGACCAACACGGCGAGCUGCGGCACGCUGCUGGCCGCCGGCGACACACUGCAGCAGGCCUGGCACCGCCGGCGGCACCCGGACACCGAGCCCCAGGUGGCCCGCACAGGACGCAUGUUCGCCGUCGGCUGCAGCAUGGGCCCGCUGAUGCACUACUGGUACCUCUGGCUGGACACUGCCUUCCCGGCGCGGGGUGUGCGGGGGCUAAAAACCGUCCUGAAGAAAGUCCUUAUCGACCAGCUGGUGGCUUCGCCCGCCCUGGGCGCCUGGUACUUCCUCGGCAUGGGCACACUGGAGGGCCAGUCUCUAGAGGAGAGCUGGGAGGAGCUGAAGGAGAAAUUUUGGGAGUUUUACAAGGCUGACUGGUGCGUCUGGCCGGCGGCUCAGCUCGUGAAUUUCCUCUUCGUCCCGCCCAAGUACCGGGUGGUUUACGUCAAUGUGAUCACGCUGGGCUGGGACACCUACCUCUCUUACCUCAAACACAGGCCUGGCAGCCCCCCGAGUGCAGAGAAGGACUCACCAAGUGAGAACCAGCGCGGUGUCGGGCUGUAAAGAGGCAGCUGCUCUCGACGACUGCGACUUUUUCAGAGGUUCCUGCCUGUGGCAAGUGAUUUUCUGGGCAUCGCAGUGGGCACAGCUCAAUCCAUCCAGUGAACGCGAUGGCUGGAGACCACCACAACCGCUGUCUGCAGCUCGCUGCAGCCUGGGUGGAUCUUGCCGAUUAACUCAUCUACUGAUUGCAAUGAUGGGUUUGGGUAUUUUUAACCAAUUUUGUGUCACAGGCUAGCCUGUAAAGCCAUUUCUUUUUUGUAUUCUUCCACAGAACCCGCGCUGCCCGGGGUGGGGAGGAGCUGCCGCAGCUACGUUUUGCCUUCAGCCCCCAGGGAAGGGCCCCAGCGCUCUCCCCUUUGCUGCAGCCAGGUUUUUUUUCCCUUCUCCAAGGCAAGGCUGGCCCCUUGCUCCCCUCUAGCACCCUCCUCUGCUCUUCUGCAGAGCCAGCCACUCGGGUCCCUGCCUUGCUCUGGCUUCGGCUGCUUGGCAGAGAGAUGCUGCCCCUCUGCUCUCAGUGCCGCUCCUCAGCCCUUUCCCUGCUGCUUUUUGUCUUCGAGCUGAAGGGAGAAGUCACUCAGCUCCUUUUCAUUCCACCUUGCAGCCCCCCUUCCCGGUGCCGUGUGUGGGCUUGGCUGGGCUGGGCUGCAGCCACCCAAUCUUUAUAAAAAUAGCGGUGUGAUCGCCGCCACCUGCUCGCCGCCAGGUUUGACAGCGGCAGAGUCGACAUGGAGGUGGUUGGGGGUUUUUAAGGCAAAGUUUUUGCAGGGUUUGGACCACAGCCCCCCACUUCUCCCAGCCCCACAGCUCCCUGGGCAAGAUGGACACUCGCUCCAUAACCUGGGCACUUCUUAUUUAUUAUUUCCAGCAUCGAUCAAAACUGCCUAAAUGUGACUUCUUUUUUUUCCCUAACACUUAAAGCUGUGCCUUACUUAAAGCUCUGUC